AGGCAUGUGGAGCGAACUGUAACAACAGGCAGCAUUUGCACGGUACAGUCAGUACACAUAGCCUUAUACCUUGCGCACACGAACCUUUAGCCUUGUCUGCGACCAGGUGUACUGUGAAGAGCAUUUUCGCUCUUGGGCGUUCAAUGUUAAAUUUAUCCUUUCGGUUCGUGCAAAGAACCAAAAUGUCAUCUGUUUUAAAAUAUUGUAUACGCGGAACAGACUCGUGACAGCAGGAGGCAACACGAAGGGUGGACUGGAACUAAGCACCUCGGCCACCGUUUUUGCAGGAACGGUGAAUCGCGACAAAAGCUGGUGAACAUCAGCGGACACCGGAUCAAGACUGGAAUUGCACUUGUUAUGAAACAUUCUCCAGCGCCAGAAGCAAACUCUGAUUAUUAUUCUCCAGGAAGAAUAUAUCAGCGGUCGGUUUCUGAAAAGUCAUUUUGUAGUUUGUAUGCACUGUGUUAAAGCGGUGGUGGGUCAGAGACUGCGCUGCCGCCAUAUUGAGAUGAGGAAAAGCACUUGAGUGACUGGCUGGAGCUGAACUGACAAGAGACCGAAGCUUGCUAGUGAGUUGGGGGGGCUGCUGUUGGUGACGCAGGAAAACACCCAAGAGCAGACAAAAAGAAAAAAAAGAAAAAGAAAAAUCAAAAGGAAGCGAGAUCAUCAUUACAAGCAUAUUAGAAGCGAGGACACUCCAUACUCAUCCAGAUGAAUUUUUUACAACGAUUUUAUUAAAUCAAAGUCUCUGGAAUAAGUUGGUGAAUAGACGGAAAGUCAUAUCUAAUUCCUGGUUAUGCAAUGGUCUCUGCAAAUCGCCCAGUGCUUCAGGUGCUGCAUUCGUAUACAGAUGUGUGCCGGCUCUCUGCUAUCACCAAGGAGACAGUGAUCUCUUCCCUAGUGACAGCGACAUAAGCGGACAAGAUUGCAAAGAUCUGCCCCGUGUCGAGCAUGACAGCCACGACCCGUGGCUCUCCCGUGGGAGGGAACGACAGCCAGGGCCAGGCUCCGGACGGGCAGUCCCAGCCCCCGCUCCCCCAGAACCAGACGUCCUCUCCCAGCUCCUCCAAUGAGAACUCUCCGAUCAGCCCGCCCGAAGACCAGGGCCAGGGGGACAACCCCCCUCAGCUGGAGGAGGAGGAGCCAGCCUUCCCCCACACUGACCUGGCCAAACUGGACGACAUGAUCAACCGCCCCCGGUGGGUCGUUCCAGUUUUGCCAAAGGGUGAAUUAGAAGUUCUUCUUGAAGCUGCUAUCGAUCUUAGUAAAAAAGGACUCGACGUCAAGUGCGAAGCCUGCCAGAGGUUCUUCCGUGACGGCUUGACCAUUUCCUUUACUAAAAUCCUCACCGAUGAGGCAGUGAGUGGCUGGAAGUUUGAGAUUCAUAGAUGUAUAAUAAACAACACUCACCGCCUGGUAGAACUGUGUGUGGCCAAGCUCUCUCAGGACUGGUUCCCUCUUCUCGAGCUGCUGGCCAUGGCCGUCAACCCCCACUGCAAGUUCCACAUCUACAACGGGACCCGGCCGUCCGAGACGGUGCCCGCCGGGGCGCAGCUGGCCGAGGACGAGCUCUUCGCCCGCCCCCCCGAUCCACGCUCCCCCAAGGGCUGGCUGGUUGAUUUAAUAAACAAAUUUGGGACAUUAAACGGGUUUCAGACACUGCACGAUCGCUUCAUGAGCGGACAAGCUCUCAACGUUCAGAUCAUUGCCGCGCUCAUCAAGCCUUUCGGGCAGUGUUACGAGUUUCUAACGUUGCACUCGGUAAAGAAGUACUUCCUUCCAGUUAUAGAAAUGGUUCCCCAGUUUCUAGAAAACCUCACAGACGAGGAGUUGAAAAAGGAGGCCAAGAACGAAGCCAAAAAUGACGCUCUGUCAAUGAUUAUCAAGUCGUUGAAAAACCUCGCUUCACGGGUACCUGGGCAAGAAGAAACGGUGAAAAACUUAGAAAUUUUUAGGUUAAAAAUGAUUCUUAGGUUAUUGCAAAUUUCCUCUUUUAAUGGAAAAAUGAAUGCACUAAAUGAAGUAAACAAGGUUAUAUCAAGUGUUUCCUACUACACUCAUCGGCAUGGCAACCCAGAGGAGGAGGAGUGGCUGACAGCGGAACGCAUGGCGGAGUGGAUCCAGCAGAACAACAUCCUGUCCAUCGUGCUGAGGGACAGCCUCCACCAGCCGCAGUACGUGGAGAAGCUGGAGAAGAUCCUCCGCUUCGUCAUCAAGGAGAAGGCCCUGACGCUCCAGGACCUGGACAACAUCUGGGCGGCGCAGGCCGGCAAGCACGAAGCCAUCGUCAAGAACGUGCACGACCUCCUGGCGAAGCUGGCGUGGGAUUUUUCGCCCGAGCAGCUCGACCACCUCUUCGACUGCUUCAAGGCGAGCUGGACGAACGCGAGUAAAAAGCAGAGGGAGAAGCUGCUGGAGCUGAUCCGCCGCCUGGCGGAGGACGACAAGGACGGGGUGAUGGCCCACAAGGUGCUGAACCUGCUGUGGAACCUGGCCCACAGCGACGACGUGCCCGUCGACAUCAUGGACCAGGCCCUCAGCGCUCACAUCAAGAUCCUGGACUACAGCUGCUCCCAGGACCGGGACACACAGAAGAUCCAGUGGAUAGACCGCUUCAUCGAAGAGCUACGAACCAACGAUAAGUGGGUGAUCCCCGCCCUGAAACAAAUCCGAGAGAUCUGCAGCCUAUUCGGAGAAGCUCCUCAGAAUCUGAGAAAGAAAAUACCCAUAAACAUAGAAAAGAGCUUAGCGGGCCAGACGCAGCGGAGCCCGCACGUUUUCUACCGCCACGACCUGAUUAACCAGCUGCAGCACAACCACGCGCUCGUCACCCUGGUGGCCGAGAACCUGUCGGCCUACAUGGAGAGCAUGAGGCAGUUUUCCAAAGCGGAGCAGGCGGAAUUCGAUCCGCAGACCGUCCGGAUUGGCAGUCGCUACAGCCACGUGCAGGAGGUCCAGGAGAGGCUCAACUUCCUGAGGUUCCUCCUGAAGGACGGGCAGCUGUGGCUGUGCGCGCCCCAGGCCAAGCAGAUCUGGAAGUGCCUGGCGGAGAACGCCGUGUUCCUGUGCGACCGGGAGGCCUGCUUCAAGUGGUACUCCAAGCUGAUGGGCGACGAGCCCGACCUGGACCCCGACAUCAACAAGGACUUCUUCGAGAACAACGUCCUGCAGCUGGACCCGUCCCUGCUGACGGAGAACGGCAUGAAGUGCUUCGAGCGCUUCUUCAAAGCCGUCAACUGCCGGGAGGGCAAGCUGGUGGCCAAGCGCAGGGCCUACAUGAUGGACGACCUGGAGCUGAUAGGGCUGGAUUACCUCUGGAGGGUCGUGAUUCAAGGAAGCGAUGACAUCGCCAGUCGAGCCAUAGACUUGCUGAAGGAGAUUUACACGAACCUCGGACCAAAACUACAAGUCAAUCAGGUAGAGAUCCACGAAGACUUCAUCCAGUCCUGCUUCGACCGGCUGAAAGCGUCCUACGACACCCUGUGCGUGCUCGACGGGGACAAAGACAGCAUCAACUGCGCCAGGCAGGAGGCCAUCCGCAUGGUGCGCGUCCUCACCGUCCUGAGGGAGUACAUCAACGAGUGCGAUAGCGACUACCACGAGGAGAGGACCAUCCUGCCCAUGUCACGGGCGUUUCGCGGCAAACACAUCACCCUGGUGGUGCGCUUCCCCAACCAAGGCCGGCAGGUGGACGACCUGGACAUCUGGUCCCACACCAACGACACGAUCGGCUCCGUCCGCCGCUGCAUCCUGACCCGGAUAAAGGCCAACAGCACCCACACCAAAAUCGAGCUCUUCAUUGGUGGAGAGAUCGUCGACCCCGCCGACGACAGGAAGCUGAUUGGACAGCUCAACCUAAAGGACAAGACCUUAAUCACAGCCAAGCUCACCCAGGUCAGUUCCAAUAUGCCUUCAAGCCCUGACAGCUCCUCCGAUUCGUCCACCGGUUCCCCUGGCAACCACGGGACCCAUUACAGCGACGGACCCAAUCCUGAAGUGGAGAGCUGUCUUCCCGGGGUGAUCAUGUCCCUGCAUCUCCGCUACAUCUCCUUCCUGUGGCAAGUAGCCGAUCUGGGCUGCAACCUCAACAUGCCCCUCCUCAGAGACGGAGCCCGAAUUCUCAUGAAGCUCAUGCCCCCCGAUAACACUACUGUAGAAAACCUGCGUGCCACCUGCCUGGACCACGCCAAGCUCGGCGAGAACAGCCUCAGCCCCACGCUGGACUCGCGAUUCUUCGGGCCGUCGCCCUCGCAAGUGCUCUACCUGACCGAGGUGGUGUACUCUUUGCUCAUGCCGGCCAGCGGCACGCUGGGAGAGGAAGCCAGCGACUUCCAGUACAACUUCUUAAAAAGCGGCGGCCUGCCGCUCGUCCUGAGCAUGCUCACCAGGAACAACUUCCUGCCCAACGCCGACAUGGAGACCCGGCGGGGCGCCUACCUGAACGCCCUGAAGAUAGCCAAGCUGCUGCUGACGGCGGUGGGCUUCGGCCACGUCAAGGCGGUGGCCGAGGCCUGCCAGCCCGUGGUGGAGGGGACCACCCCCGUGUCGCCGAUAAACCAGGCGACUCACGACCAGGCCCUGGUCCUUCAGAACGCCCUCCAGAACAUCCCCAACCCAUCGUCUGAGUGCAUGCUGAGGAACGUGGCGGUUCGGCUGGCCCAGCAGAUCACCGAUGAGAACUUCUUCCAGGCUUCCAAGUACAUCCCGGACAUAUGCGUGAUCAGGGCGGUGCAGAAGAUCGUCUGGGCCUCAGGCUGCGGGACAGUCCAGCUGGUCUUCAGCUCCAACGAGGAGAUCAGCAAGAUCUAUGAAAAGACGAACGCAGGUAACGAGCCGGACGGCGAGGACGAGCAGGUGUGCUGUGAGGCGCUGGAGGUCAUGACCCUCUGCUUCGCCCUCAUCCCCACCGCCCUGGAUGCACUGAGCAAGGAGAAGGCCUGGCAGACCUUCAUCAUAGACCUGCUGUUGCACUGCCAGAGCAAGUCUGUUCGUCAGAUGGCCCAGGAGCAGUUCUUCCUGAUGGCCACCAGGUGUUGCAUGGGCCACAGGCCCCUCCUCUUCUUCAUCACCCUCCUCUUCACUGUUUUAGGUAGCACUGCGAAGGAGAGAGCCAAGCACGCAGGGGAUUACUUCACACUGUUACGGCACUUACUCAACUACGCGUACAACAGCAACAUCAACCUGCCCAACGCCGAGGUUCUGCUCAACAACGAGAUUGACUGGUUGAAAAGGAUCAGGGAUGACGUAAAGAAGACAGGAGAGACCGGUGUGGAGGAGACCAUUCUGGAAGGUCACCUAGGGGUCACCAAGGAGCUCCUAGCCUUCCAGACCCCGGAGAAGAAGUACUACAUCGGGUGCGAGAAGGGCGGGGCCAACCUCAUCAAGGAGCUGAUAGAUGACUUCAUCUUCCCGGCCUCCAACGUGUACCUGCAGUACAUGAAGAGCGGCGAGUUCCCGGCCGAGCAGGCCAUCCCCGUCUGCAGCUCCCCCGCCACCAUCAACGCCGGCUUCGAGCUGCUGGUGGCGCUGGCCGUGGGCUGCGUGCGGAACCUCAAGCAGAUCGUCGACACGCUCACCGACAUGUACUACUUAGGUUGUGAAGCACUUACAGAAUGGGAGUACUUGCCGCCGGUGGGGCCCAGGCCCACUAAAGGCUUUGUGGGCCUGAAGAACGCCGGGGCCACCUGCUACAUGAACUCGGUGAUCCAGCAGCUCUACAUGAUCCCGCCCAUCAGGUCCAGCAUCCUGGCCAUCGAGGGCACCGGCACCGACGUGGACGACGACAUGUCCGGCGACGAGAAGCAGGAGAACGAGCAGAGCAACGUGGAUCCUCGGGACGAGGUGUUCGGCUACCACCAGUUUGACGAUAAGCCCUCCCUCAACAAAUCGGAGGACAGGAAGGAGUACAACAUCGGGGUGCUGCGCCACCUACAGGUCAUCUUCGGACACCUGGCGUCCUCCAGGCUGCAGUACUACGUCCCGCGCGGGUUCUGGAAGCAGUUUCGGUUGUGGGGCGAGCCGGUGAAUCUGAGGGAGCAGCACGACGCCCUGGAGUUCUUUAACUCCCUGGUGGACAGCCUGGACGAGGCCCUGAAGGCCCUGGGCCACUCGGCCAUGCUGAGCAAAGUGCUGGGCGGCUCCUUCGCCGACCAGAAGAUCUGCCAGGGCUGCCCUCACAGGUAUGAAUGUGAGGAGUCCUUCACCACGCUGAAUGUAGACAUCAGAAACCAUCAAAACCUCCUGGACUCGAUGGAGCAGUACGUCAAAGGGGACUUACUGGAGGGGGCCAACGCCUACCACUGUGAAAAGUGCAACAAGAAGGUGGACACGGUGAAGCGGCUGCUGAUCAAGAAGCUGCCGCCCGUGCUGGCCAUCCAGCUGAAGCGCUUCGACUACGACUGGGAGCGGGAGUGCGCCAUCAAGUUCAACGACUACUUCGAGUUCCCGCGCGAGCUGGACAUGGAGCCCUACACGGUGGCGGGCGUGGCCAAGCUGGAAGGCCACGAGGUCCACCCGGAGAACCAGGUGAUCCAGACGGAGCCGGCGGCGGCGGAGAACGAGGCCCCCGGCGGGUCCCGCUACCGGCUGGCAGGGGUCCUGGUCCACAGCGGCCAGGCCAGCGGGGGCCACUACUACUCCUACAUCGUCCAGCGGAGCGGGGGCGGCGGCGACGGCGAGCGCAACCGCUGGUACAAGUUCGACGACGGCGACGUGACCGAGUGCAAGAUGGACGACGACGAGGAGAUGAAGAACCAGUGCUUCGGCGGCGAGUACAUGGGCGAGGUCUUCGACCACAUGAUGAAGCGCAUGUCGUACCGCCGGCAGAAGCGCUGGUGGAACGCCUACAUCCUGUUCUACGAGCGCAUGGACGCCGGCAACGCCGCCGCCGAUGGCGAGCUGGCCAAGCGCGUCUCCGAGCUGGCGCUGACCGCCGCCGUGCCGCGCCAGGUCCGGAUGCCCACCGCCAUCGAGUGCAGCGUCCGCAAGCAGAACGUCCAGUUCAUGCACAACCGCAUGCAGUACAGCCUGGAGUACUUCCAGUUCGUCAAGAAGCUCCUCACCUGCAACAGCGUCUAUUUGAACCCGCCCCCUGGUCAAGAUCAUCUUCUGCCCGAAGCGGAGGAGAUGGCCAUGAUUAGCAUCCAGCUGGCCGCCAGGUUCCUGUUCAGCACGGGGUUCCACACCAAGAAGAUAGUCCGAGGCCCUGCCAGCGAUUGGUACGACGCCCUGUGCAUCCUCCUCCGCCACAGCAAGAACGUGCGCUACUGGUUCGCGCACAACGUCCUGUUCGCCCACGUGGCCCGCUUCUCGGAGUACCUGCUGGAGUGCCCGAGCGCGGAGGUGCGGGGCGCCUUCGCCAAGCUGGUGGUGUUCCUGGCGCACUUCUCCCUGCAGGACGGGCCCUGCCCCUCGCCCAUCGCCUCGCCCGGGCCGUCCAGCCAGCCGCAGCCGGCCUGUGAUAAUUUGAGCCUGAGUGACCACUUGCUGAGGGCGGUGCUGAACCUUCUGCGGAGGGAGGUGUCUGAGCACGGCCGGCAUCUGCAGCAGUACUUCAACCUGUUUGUUAUGUAUGCCAACCUUGGUGUUCCGGAGAAGACCCAGCUGCUGAAACUGAGCGUGCCCGCCACCUUCAUGCUGGUGGCCCUGGACGAGGGCCCGGGCCCGCCCAUAAAGUACCAGUACGCCGAGCUGGGGAAGCUGUACACGGUGGUGUCUCAGCUGGUGCGCUGUUGCGAUGUAUCAUCGCGUAUGCAGUCCUCAAUCAACGGUAACCCGCCUCUUCCGAACCCCUACGGCGACCCCAACCUGCCCCAGCCCAUCAUGGCCCUCCAGCAGCUGGUGGCGGAGAUCCUGUUUGUGCGCACCAGCUACGUGAAGAAGAUCAUCGAGGACUGCAGCAACUCGGAGGAGACGGUCAAGCUGCUGCGCUUCAGCUGCUGGGAGAACCCGCAGUUCUCCUCCACCGUGCUCAGCGAGCUGCUGUGGCAGGUGGCGUACUCCUACACCUAUGAGCUCAGGCCUUACCUGGACCUGCUGCUGCAGAUUUUGCUGAUUGAGGACUCCUGGCAGACCCACAGGAUCCACAAUGUCCUGAAGGGUAUCCCUGACGACAGAGAUGGACUCUUCGACACCAUCCAGCGAUCCAAAAACCACUACCAGAAGAGGGCGUACCAGUGCAUAAAGUGCAUGGUGGCGCUUUUCAGCAACUGCACGGUUGCCUACCAGAUCCUCCAGAGCAACGGGGACCUGAAGAGGAAGUGGACGUGGGCGGUGGAGUGGCUGGGGGACGAGCUGGAGAGGAGGCCGUACUCGGGCAACCCCCAGUACACCUACAACAACUGGUCCCCCCCGGUGCAGAGCAACGAGACCUCCAACGGCUACUUCCUGGAGCGUUCCCACAGCGCCAGGAUGACCCUGGCCAAAGCCUGCGAGCUGUGUCCGGAGGAGCGUCACUUAACGAAGCACGAGGUGGUGUCUGAAGAAGACGCCCAGCGGAAAUCGCCCCCUCCACAGCAGCUUUUGCCAGGGGAGGUGGCAGGAGAGCAGCAGCACACUGAGCCGGACGACCAGGAAGCCCCUGACGACCACGACUCCUCUCCCCCUGAAGACACCACCCUGUACCCCAACUCACCGGGAACGCAGUAUCAGCAGCAGAAUAACCACCCCCACGGCCAGCCGUACACGGGCCCCGCCGCACAGCACGUGAACAACCCUCAGCCGCGCCCGGGCCAGCGAGCACAAGAGAACUGGGAGGGAACCGAGGAGGCCCCGCCCACCCAGACGAAAGAGUAACGUCGGUGGGGGCCAAAACCCCUCCCCCCCCACCCACCACCACCACCACCACCACCACCACCACCACCCCAGGGCAGGGGCUCGCCCCGUUCCUCAUCCCCUCUCUCUCCAUAGAGACGCUUGAUCCGAGUGCAAGACCGGGCCCUACGGUUCGCCGCCCGCUCCAGGUCCCGCAUCUCCACACCCGUUAGAUCUCUGUAUUCAGCCUGGAGGCGGAGCCUGUUUCACUGUCUGCCCUGCAGAGCAUUGCUGUCAAAACAAAAUAGAAAUAAAAAUGAAAAAAAGAAUCUAACCCGCCUUCAGUGGGGGGGAAAAGCUGUGUAGAGCUGAAAUAAAACCAGGCCCUGGCGCUUGUGUGUAAAUGGUGAAAGGUGUGUACAUAGUAUGUUCAUGUUCUGACCGUGGUGACAGCGGCAAGACUUUGUGUUUGCGGUUGGAGAUUCACAGACCUUUGAAAACAAACGGAUGAAAGAGAGGAAGAAAAAGACAAUAAAUGUACAAAGGCAAAAAGGAAAAAGAAAGCUUUUUUUUUUCCUUUUAUUUUUUCUUUCCGGUCAGUGGUAACCUGUACGUUGCGGACUGCCUGCGAGGGCAGUUUGAGGAGGACAGACAUUAUCCAUGUCGACCAGCUGGAUCGUGCCAGACAAGGUCCUCUCCUGGAGCUGGGUUUCAGUGCGGGAUAUUGGAAUGGCUGGGUUAGUCUCUGACAUUCGGUUGAUGUGGGGAAAAGUAAAGAUGUCGCGUUGCUCUAGGUCUUUAAUUGCCUUUUCAUUCUGAUAUUAAUUUGGUCUUUUUGCAGCUCUAGUUAACACGCUGUAACAUUUAGCAUGGCUUCACAUCGACUUAGUGUAGCCAGAAACUAUGACCAUAACACAGCAGCAUCCAUAGACCCUAAUUGACAGCGACUCUGAAGAGCCUUUUUUUGGGAGGGGUGGGGGGGUAUUUUCUAUCUCUUUUUUCCUCUUACACAUUGAAGGCGAUAUUUGGAACAAAUGUAAGCAUAAGGGGCUUUUUAAUUGCACAUAUAUUCCUCAGAUUUAACAUUUGAAAGUCAGCUGUGGUGGGACAGUCAACACAUUUUCAAUAAUAGGAAUUUUAAAAAGGAGAAAAUAUAUGCAACAUUUUGCUAUGCCAGGAUUCCUGAUGCAUAAUAGACUGUAUUUGAUGUGCUUGGUUUUUUUUUUCUUUCUUUCUUUCCUUGGGUAGAUUCAUCUCUUACAGUAACUCCUAAUGACUUUCCAGACACUGUAACCUAGACAGUGGUUCAGCCUCAUCAUUUCCCGUUCCUUUCUCACACAGUUCUACCUUUACGCAGGCAUCUUCUUAGAACUCUUCUUCCAUAUGGGUAAAACACACAGCUGGGUUGUAUCAUAAAAUAUCUGCUUGGUAGUCACGUUGCCGCUGUUCUAGGUCUUGCUAAGUGAAGCUUCAUUUAUAUCAAAGAAGGCGUCAGUAAAUACUGUAUUUAAUUGGUAACUUGAAUGUGUAUUUUUUUUCCAAUUUUGUUGAAAAUACCAAAUACCCCUGGCAAAAGGAAAGAAUCAACCCACCCAUAGUAUAUUUAAAUAUUUUGCUGUUUUAUUUUAUAGAAAUUAUUUUGCUGAAUUUCACAAAAAAAAAUAGAAUUUGAUUUAAGAGGAACAUUUUUGUCCUUGUGUUAUUUUUAAAGAGGAUAUUGACUGUACAGUCACGGGUUCUGCGCACUGUUUUGCCGACUUUUGUUUUGGCCAUGGUGUGACAUUGAAUUCUGGAGCUACAGUCGCGAUGUGAACUUUCACUUUGUGAAGUUUUUUUUUGUGCACAGAAAUAUAAAAAAGAAAAAAGCGUUGCGCCCAUUAGCAAGAAUAAAGAAAAUGGAAUCUUGACACUGAAACGGUCUCAUACUUUAUUUAUGGUACAUUGUAAAUACAUUGUGCACGUAACAAAAAAGAGAAACAACUCAUGGAUUAUCAAAAGACGGGGAGCGUCCAAUCUGUGAAAGGACAGAGAAGACAUCUUUAGAAAGCACAUGGAUUUGCGAAACGGUUAGCCUGAAAAUCUGCCAAAAACCAAAUAAGUGGCCUACGUAGAUGUGGUUUCCGUUCUGUGGAAGCGGGAGGAGGAGCUUGUCACCCGGAGCGAAACGUUGCUAGGAGAACCACGAAGGGACAUGGAGGAGCCGAGUUCUAUCGCUUUUCACAGACUGGCCCCGCCCCUUACCCACAAUGCACUACAGGCCAUUUCGUUUUCACAUUAUUCCUUCAGGGUACAAAAAAGCUUUUGUUUUAGCCUGUAAGGUCUUACUAUUUUAUUUUUGCUUUGCUUUUCGUUUCGUUUUGGGUUGAUUUCUCUGUUAGUUGAAUCAGAUGAUUGCCUUCUGUUUUAAUUUUGGAAUCUUUUUGUUCUUUUUCUUGCAUGGAUAAUAUUGAUCCCUUGAUCUGCCUUAGAGCACUGUACAACUAUAGCACACUGUAAAGCUGAUUUGAGAUAAACAAAAGUGAACUAGUGAAUUGUUCCUUGCAGUGUGCUGCCCUCUGACCUUCACAGGACCCCUCUCCUCUCAUUACUGGCUUUGUGGAGCAGUCUACCCGAGUGCCUGUCUGGAAGGGUUUACAAAGGGAGCAGGUGACUGACUCCCGAGUGAAUGCAUAAGACUGCGUACUCCUAGGUUUGCGGUCUCUCCCUUAGCCUCCAGGCUAGCUCCUCAUGGGAAAACGACAUAAAUGUCCUUGCAGCAAGAAAACCCUUGUUCACCACACCCGUUUGUUCAUCUGCACUGACAAAGUGGUUUUUAAAACCUUUUGUUUAUAAAAGUUGACUUUGAUUUUUUUUUUUUUUUUUUGUAUUAACGGUAAGCUCCCUACCUUUUGUUGACUCCACCAACAUUUUGAAGAAUGCAUUGUAAGAGGUCAUUAAAGAUUGUCCUUUUGAA